AUGGGUAAUUACUGCUUACGAUGCAUCACGCGAAUUACAGUUAAAGAUGCAUCGACGAUGACCGAAGGAGUGCCUUUGCUCAGCCUAGAAGAAAGAGCCUCCCGAAAUGAGCUUCGUUCACGGUCGAACAUAUCUAAAAGAGCGUCAAGCUUGGAAACCGCGUUGCAACUGGUCCAGCGAGCUGUCACUGAAGACAAACAACGUAAUUAUAACGAAGCACUUACACUUUAUCAACACGCUCUCGUCUAUUUUCUCGAAUCUAUAAAUUAUGAAACUGAGAGUGACAAAGUAAAGGAGAAAAUUCUGGCAAAAUGUAAACAAUACCUCGAGCGAGCAGAAAAAAUCGCUGAAUACCUCAAUAGUGAUAAGAAAAAACGGCCUACUCCAGCGGCUUCGUUGGCGGGUUCCACUGGGAAACUUGCCGGCGCCACAACGUCUUCGCCAGACUCGGGAAGCGAUCUCGAAGGACACUCGAGGUCGACGCCCGCCAGCGGGGUCAAGGGCGCCCUGGGGCGCGUUUAUCAGUCUAUCGCGAAUCACAACAAACUUGCUGCCACAGUUUCGCAAAGUUAA